CUUUGUAAUAAUCGGAUUCUUGACAUUUUUCUGCGUCUUGAUAUGGUCCUAUCGUGUCCACAAAUCAUCACAAACUGACUCUGGUAAAGAGGAAGAAAUCCAAAAUAUACAAAGCUUUUUUGUGUCCGUUGUGAAAUUGUGCAUCAUCAUGGCUUACUUUUACUUGUGCAUGAGGAGCCCGACAGUGCAGAAGACAUGGAAAACAUUCUCCUUGUUACACUUUAUUGCUCCAUUGGUCCUUCUGCUUAUCAUUGGAAUUAUGUUUUCCCGGCAAGCCAGUGAUAAUAGCUGGCUAAAUCGUGAACAAACAACAGAAUGGAAGGGAUGGAUGCAGUUGUUUUUACUGUGGUGUAAUUUUACUGGAGCAGACCAAGCUCUUCCACUAACCUUUGCAGUGCGUGCAUUUGUCUCGUCAUAUCUCUUUCUCUUCGCCUUCGGACAUUUCUCUUACUUCUGGAGCACACAGAGCAUCAGUAUUGGGAGAUUGUUCCAGAUCAUUUUUCGUUUGAACCUGCUCACGAUCACUUUGUGUUUGGUAACGUGGAAAAGUUACACCACCCAUUUUUUUGUCCUCCUGGCUACAGGCUGGUUCCUGAUAAUUUGUGUAACCAUGGCAACCUGUGCUCGAAUGAUACAGCUUCAACUUGGUGGAAAUCGAAGUUACACAGCUGUGUAUAUAAAACUUGUACUCUGGUUUGUUGUGAUAACUGUGGCCUGUGGAUUCGGGAUAUUAUGGAAGGCUGGAUUCGCCAUUCUGCCCAUUUCUCUCACACAACCGAAUGGGUCUGUCCCAGAAUGGAUUUGGCGUUUACAGCUGGACAGAUAUACUGUCAUAGGAGGACUGGCCAUUGCUUGUACUUACCAUUACAUAAAACAGAGGUCGUCAAUGGAUUAUCUUAAGACGGAGAACAAACACGGAAGGAAAUUGUCAAUCGGCGUGUUUUUAGUAUGCGUUAUAUGCUUAACGGUGUAUGGGUUGUCUUCCCUCAAAUGUGUAGGGCAGUUGGACUGCCUUGAUGUUUAUCCUUUUGUCAGUCUGAUCCCGGUAAUCUCAUUUGUCGUGUUACGGAACCAGUUCACUUACUUGCGGUCGCGAUACAGCCCGGUCUUCGCCUGGUUUGGGAAGAUGUCUUUAGAGACUCCGUUUCUCUUAUCUGGUUUCGGAGAGAUAACGGAAAGUUUUGAAAUUUAUCAGUUAAACCCAGCAGACGGAAUGCAGGGGAAACAGUGUCAGAUGUUCACAGCUAGUCAGAGGUCUGGAAUCCUGUUAUAUCACUGUUAA